AUGUCCACAUUCAAUGGCUUGGUGCGCGAGUUCCCAGACAUACGAAUUGAUUACUUCCGACACCAUGACGGAAUAUCACCUCCAUCAGCGUGUUUCUUGAGCCAUGUUCACACUGAUCAUCUCGCCGGGCUAGAGACGCUGCGGUCUCCAUUUGUCUACUGCUCUGCGGCUACACGAGAAAUCCUGCUACGCCUUGAGCGCUAUCCCUGCCGUAUCAACUACAGCAAAGGCAUUCUUGAGGCACGGCAGCAGACUUAUAAGCAUCUGAGCAAAGUCAUUGUAUGUCCACCAAAUCACGGCCUGGAAAUCAGCUCAUGGUUACACUCUUCGAUGCGAAUCACUGCCCUGGCUCUGUCAUGUUCCGUAAUCAUUGAGGGGCAGGGCAAGGCAAUCCUCUAUACUGGCGACGUGCGUUGUGAGCCAUGGUUUGUCAAUACCAUUGCUCGAAACCCAACUCUCAUCGAGUAUACUUGCGGCAUCAAGACUCUAGAUACCAUCUAUCUCGACACCUCUUUCACCGACAACGUUCCCUUCCAGACAAAGGCUGAGGGCAUCGCUGAGCUGCUGCGCAAGGUCGCGCAGUAUCCAAAGGAUACAGUCUUUCAUAUACAAUCAUGGACUUAUGGCUAUGAAGAUGUUUGGAUUGCUCUCUCCAAAGCUCUGAACUCUCCCAUCCAUGUUGACGACUAUAAACUUCGCAUUUUCAGCUCGCUAACCGCAUCCCCAGACCGAUCUAGCUUUGGCUCCCAUUUGACGUCAACUGCAGCUGCUCUGUCCGGAUUCAUGUGUGGAAAUUCUUUUCAGCCCGGCUGCUUGACUGCAAACAAAGAUGUGCGUCUUCACAGCUGUGAGAGCGGCAACAUGUGCUCCAUCGCAAGACAAUCUUCAGUGGUCAGAAUCCAGCCCGUCAUCGCGUCAUUUCCCGAUGGCAAUGUCAUGCACGAAGCGGGAAUAGGAGGAGGCGGCGAGGAUUUGGAGCGGGAGAUGGAACUUGAAGUUCCCAGCACGAGCGAUCUCCAAAAUUUGCUCGAAAUAAUAGAUGCAUUGAAGAACACCACAGAAGAAGCCCGAGCCGAGUGCGCGCGACUCUUGACAAACGCAUUGGCUACCAGCCGCAGCUUACAGUUGAACAUCAAGUCCGAAGAUAUCCAAUUGACUGAUCUGAAAAGGGCCAUACUUCCCAUCGCAAACCACCAUCCAGGAGCAGGCUCAUCUACUACAAACCAAUUUGGCGGAGAAACGCUUCCAAGAGUCAUCCGAUUUCCCUACUCGCGACAUUCCUCGUACCCGGAGCUUUGCAAUCUAGUUGAUGCUUUCAAACCAAUAGACGUUUGGCCCUGCACGUUCCAUCUUGAGUCAUGGCGAGAGAAAGGCAUUUCAAUAGAAUCGCUCUUUGGGCAAUACUGCAGCGGCAAUGUAUUCGCUCACGAUAUCAAAGUCAGUAGUAUUAUGAAGCAGAAUGUUCAACCCGUUGCCGACGAACCAGACACGCACAGGCAGGAGAGUUCUUCGAGCGUACCCUCUCUUGCGGACCAGGCGUCGCCGAUAUCCCACGCACUCAACCCCAGAGACACCAAUCCCGUCUCUGAACACGAUAUCGGCCCCCUGCAAGAAGUGCCUGAUCCGUCAUAUGUCAAUAACGGAGCAAAUACAAAUGCAGAACAGUCAGCCGAGCCUUUUGAAGAGCAAGUCGAAGACGCAUCUUUACUCGUUCAAGAGUGGCUGUCCCAGUGCCAUACCGAAACCGAUGCAAACGACUCGCAGAAUACUACAACGUCUAUGACUUCGGUCCUCUCCAUGCGCCACUCCUCAACACGCCUCGACGCAUAUGAACGUAUGCUUCAAAAUUGCAAAGGGAUAGAGUGGAACUCAAUUGAGCUCAUUUCAACAGGCUGCAACCACAGUGCUGUAGAACAGGAGCUCUAG